AUGCUCGUGCUAUACGAGACAGCCCUUGGAUACUGCCUAUUCAAGCUCACCGAUUCCGCAAAACUCAAGAGCGCAGAUUUAUGGGAGGAGUUCGAGUCGCCUGAGAGGGCGAUUGGACUCCUGAAGCUUAAAGCAAUUCACCGUUUUGAGUCUGCCGCAUCUGCCGUCGAUGAAAUAUCUUCAAUCCAAGAGGGCAAGCUCGGGAAGGGUCUGAAGAAGUUUUUGUCUGAGGAAAUCGUUGACAAGGGGAAGACCAAGGAAGAGCUCACCGUUAUAGACUCAAAGCUCGGGUCGUCAAUAUCGAAGAAACUUGGAAUUAAAGUCGUAGCAGACUCUUCUACCGUGGACUUAUAUCGUGGCAUUCGAAGUCAACUGGCUGCACUUCUGGAUGGUUUGGAUCCACGGGACUUAGCACAAAUGAGCUUAGGUCUAAGUCAUUCCCUUUCCCGAUUCAAGCUCAAGUUCUCCCCUGACAAGGUGGAUACAAUGGUCAUCCAAUCGAUUGCCCUGUUAGAUGACCUCGAUAAAGAGAUAAACAUCUAUGCUAUGCGGGUAAAGGAAUGGUAUGGGUGGCAUUUCCCAGAAAUGGGUAAGAUCCUGACCGACAGUGUCGCAUAUGCGAAGGUUGUACGUGCGAUGGGAUUUCGGACAAACGCAGCCACGACUUCUCUUGCACACAUCUUACCGGAGGAGCUUGAGCAAACGAUCAAAGUCGCUGCAGAAAUUUCUAUGGGUACCGAAAUCUCAGAGUCAGAUCUAGCAAAUAUCAACGGCGCGUGCGACCAAGUGAUUGCAAUUUCGGCAUAUCGUGCACAGCUCGCAGAAUAUCUACGCAACCGUAUGAAUGCUAUAGCACCGAACUUAACAGCGCUUGUUGGUGAACUGGUCGGUGCAAGGUUAAUCAGCCACGCCGGGAGCUUGUUGAAUCUCGCGAAACACCCAGCAAGCACAGUACAGAUCCUCGGUGCAGAGAAAGCCCUAUUCCGUGCACUCAAGACGAAACAUGACACUCCGAAAUACGGUCUCAUUUAUCACGCUUCACUCGUCGGCCAGGCACCUCCGAAGCUCAAGGGCAAAAUGGCUCGUAUGGUCGCAACUAAAGCUGCAUUAUCGAUACGUGUCGAUGCGCUUACUGAUCCAGACGGUAAAUCUGAACCUUUAGCGCCAUCUAUCGGUCUCGAGAACCGAACGAAGCUCGAAUCACGACUACGCGCUCUUGAACACCAGAAUGAUCUAAAUGGCGUGCGGGCUUUCAGCUCACCUGGAAAGAAGCAAGCCAAAUACGAGCCGACAGGAGAGACACGACAAUACAACUCAAGCGCGGAUGCGGUGGGCUUGGUUUCGACGCAGCGUGAGCCAGUCGAGGCUGCAAUGAAAGCAGUUGCGGAUGUGAAGGCGGAAAAGAAGAAAUCGAAGGAGGAACGUCGUGCGAAGAAGCGGGCGGAAAAGGAGAAGGCGGCCGGGGCUGCAGCGGUGAAGCCUGCAGACGAGGACGCUAUGGACGUGGAUGUUAAGGAGAAUGGCCAAGAAGUCGAGGAAAAGAAACGAAAGGUACGGUUUGCUGCUGAGAAAAGUAAGUCCGAGGAGACCGAAGAGGAACGGAAAGCUCGUAAAAAAGCAAAGAAAGAGGCGAAGGCCAACGGUGAAAUUUCAAAGAAAAAGAAGAGAAAAUCGGAGGUGGAUGAAUAA